AUGUUGUGCGCAAUCUCUGGCGAAGCUCCCCAGGAGCCCGUCAUCUCAAAGCUCUCAGGCAAUGUCUUCGAGAAGCGCUUGAUCGAGAAGUACAUCGAAGAGAACGCCAAGGACCCCGUCACCGGCGACGAUCUGACCCUGGACGACCUCCUCCCCGUCAAGACAGCCCGCACAGUCCGGCCUCGACCGCCCAAGCUCACCUCGAUCCCCGCGCUUCUGUCCACCUUCCAGAACGAAUGGGACGCACUGGCCCUGGAGACCUUCAACCUGCGUGAGCAGCUGACGCGCACGAGGGAGGAGCUGGCCACUGCGCUCUACCAGCACGACGCAGCCGUCAGGGUCAUCACCAGACUGACCCAGGAGCGGGACGAGGCACGGGAUGCGCUGUCGAGGGUGACGGUAUCGGGCUCGGCGGCGGCUAAUGGCGAUGCCAUGGCCGUCGACGCCGAGGCCCUGCCCGAGGAACUGGUAGCCAAGGUGGAGGAGACCCAGGCCAAGCUAUCCAAGAGCCGCAAGAAGCGACCUGUGCCCGAGGGGUGGGCCACCGCCGAGGACGUUUCAUCCUUCGCCGUCGCCACCGAGAGCGCCGUACCCGUGGAGCAGCCGACGACGCUGGCGCUGGAGGAAGGGUAUGCGGCCGUCGGCGGGCUCAAGGGCGACGUGGCCAUCUACUCGGUCGCGGCAGACAAGGUCGAGCGGUCAUUGCAGGUCAACGAGCCGGUGACGGACUCCAUCUGGACGGGCGCCAAGGUCGUCUUCUCAACAACCAAGGGCUCCGUCAAGGUGUUCGAGAGCGGCAGCGAGGUGGCAUCCUUCUCGGACCAUGCCGGUCCUGCCACCGGCCUCGCCAUCCAUCCCAGCGGCGAUAUCUUGGCGUCAGUCGGCGCCGACAAGAGCUUUGCCUUUUACGACCUGGUGAAUCUGAAGCGCGUCUCGCGCGCCUUCACAGACUCCUCCCUCAUGACCUGUGCCUUCCACCCCGAUGGCCACCUCUUCGCGGCAGGUACCUCGACGGGCGACAUCCGGUUCUUCAUGACGGCGACGGGCGAGCAGGCCACGUCGUUCUCGCUCGGCGCCCCCGUCCAGAGGAUUGUGUUCUCGGAGAACGGGUACUGGUUCGCCGCCACGGCCAAGGGCCAGACCACGGUCACCAUUUUCGACAUCCGCAAAGAGGGCGACGCGGCGCGGGCCAAGGUGCUGGAGACGGGAGGCGCGGUGCAGGACCUGGCGUGGGACUACAGCCAGCAGUUCCUGGCGACGGCCGGGCCGGCCGGCAUCACGGUGCAGCAGUACGCCAAGAGCAGCAAGAAGUGGAGCGAGGUCAUGCGGAAGGACUUUGCCGCGGGCCGGGUGCGAUGGGGCUCCGAGGCGAGACAGCUCGUCGCCGUGGCACAAGACGGCCGCAUUGGUGUCUUGUCGGCACAGGAGUAA